UACUGAGGUGCGUGGUUGCGUGUUGUUGUGGUAGAGUGUGAGUACGGGAGGAAGUCGUACUUCGGCGGCAGCGGUGCAUACACUCGGCAGCGGACGACGCGCGGGUUGAGCAGCAAGAGGAGGAAGGUGGCGGAUGGUAGCCCCAGGACCGGUGCGAGUUUGCAUUUGAAGAGCAGUGAUUUGAUGGGAGUAGAAUACGAGUGUGUAGAUGGUGGGCCUCCUGCGGGUGCGGCCAAGCUACGGAGUGCGAAAUCAGCGAGCGUGGCGUCUUCUCCGACGUCGAGGUCGGCUAGAUCGGGUGCGAGGAAGUCAGUGGAGCCGCACGUGAAGCUGAGCAUAAAGUCGUUCACGGUACCGGAGCUUUUCGUGGACUUACCGGAGACGGCAAGUGUGGCAAGUUUGAAGAGAGCGGUGAUGGAUGCAGCGAUGAGCUUGCUGGGAGGCGGGCUUCGAGUGCGAGUGCUGAUGCAAGGGAAGAAGGUUCCGGACGAGGGUGCGACGCUGGCGCAGAUGGGGAUUUCCCAGAACGCGAAGGCGGAGUCGCUGGGGUUCAUGCUGGAGCCGAGCCCCGCGCUGACUUCGAGCUUCGCGACGGUGGAGGAUCCUUUGCUGGUUCUGUCUCGAGCUGCGAAUCAGCCAGCACCCAGGUACGCACGUGUGGGGAAUGAUGUGAGCAUGAUUUACAAUUUUGUUUCGAUUCGAUUGCGUGGAAAUUAG